AUGCGCUUCACCACUACCACUACCGCUGUCUUCUUCGGCCUUCUGGCAUCCGUUGCAGCUGGACCUGUGACUCUGCAUCAGAGAAGCGAGCUACGUGCGCCCAACAUACGCGAUCUGACCACCAUUUCGGGUUCGGCUGCUGCUGUGCUUGCAGAAGACCAGCAGUGGAAGCGUGCAGCCAGGAACGGUACUGAAGGCGGUCGAGGUCGGAAUGGCAAUGGCCGCGACGACGACGACGAUAAUGAUGUCGACGAUAUCAACGACGACGCAAACGAUAUCAGCGAUGAUGCCAAUGAUGUCAACGACGAUGUCGACGAUGCAAACGACGACGCCAAUGAUAUCGACCAUGACAACGAUGACGAUGACUCUCGCUCAGGCAGAGGAGGGAACGGCGCUGGAGGAAAUGGCACAGGCAACAGCGGAGGAGGCGCGAGCAGCAUCGGAGGAAGUGGAGCAACCAGUAGGGUGAACAGCGCUGGCAGCAGCGGGAGAAACGGCACUAGCAAUAGUGGAGGAAGCGGGGCGGGCAACAGCGGAGGGAAUGGGCGCGGAGGCAACGGAUCUGACGAUUCAGAUGACUCGGACGGCUCAGACACUCCAGACAACGAUUCGGACCAGGGCUCAGAUGGUUCGGGUGGGAACUCGAGUGGAGGUUCUCGGACGGGAAGCAACGGCGGCAGCAACGGCUCAUCGGAUGAUUCCGAUUCAAACGACGAUUCCUCAUCUGGAAACCAGUCUGGCUCCUCGGACAAUGGGAACGAUUCCUCUUCAGGAAACGGUGGAAAUCAGUCUGGCUCCUCAGACGAAAGCAGCGAUUCGUCCUCAGGGAAUGAUGGAAAUCAGUCUGGCUCUUCGGACAAUGGUAAUGACUCUUCCUCAGGAAACGGUAACGGUGGAGACAGCUCCAGCUCAGGCGGCCGCAGCGGUGGCUCAUCCAACGACAGCGAUGACAACUCCUCGUCCAAAGGCAACAAUAGGAGUGGAUCCAGCUCAAGCGACGAUAAUGACGGUUCUGGAUCCAGCGGCUCGGGGAGCAACGAUGGGGACUCUGACGACAGCAGCAACGACAGUUCACAAAAGCGUGCUUUCGAGAUUCGAGGCUCCGCUGGAAUUGUCUAG